AUCUGUUGGGAGCUGCGGAGGGGAGCGAGCAGCCCGCGGUGUAAACAGUCAAGUGUCAAGUGGUGCAUGGGUCAGGCGCAUGCCAACACCUCCCUGGCUUUGUUAAUGAAAUGAGUGAAGAGUGUUAGUGUUGGUGUAGUUCUGUGAUGGAGAUGGAGGAGACCAUAGUCGAGGAGUGGCUUAGGUCCCUCCACAUGGAGCAGUACGCUGAUUCUUUCAUCGACAACGGCUACGAUGACCUGGAGAUAUGCAAACAGAUCGGUGCCCCAGACCUGGACGCCAUCGGUGUGGUGAACCCGGGUCACCGAACUUCCCUGCUGAAUGCUGUAAUGUUGCUGCGAGAGGAGGGUGCUGCCUCUGUGUACUUCACGGUGGAGGAGGCGCAGCUGGCAGCGCGCGACCACACUACCCUCCGUAACUCUAGUGGGUCGCGGGGCCGCUCGUCUCGGUCCUCCCGUGGGUCUCGUGGGUCAGGCUCUACGGCCUCUACCCCUGGUGAGCCCCCACCCUCUAUGUCACUACCCAUGACAUCUACCACAACUCCAGCACGCUAUUUGGACGCAUACGAGGCCGGGCGGGCAGAGCUAGUAAGGCUCCCCCACACCCAGCUGAGUGGGCUGCUGAAGGAGAGGCUGGUGCAAGAUGCUGUCGACCUAGCCACACACCCCUACACCACACAGGUACUGUCCAUUGUUUCUAUUCGAUUUUCUAAUUUUCAUUCAUGUUAUGCUUAUAAUAUGUAA